GAAACUGUGGCAGUGUUCAUCUAAAGGGUGUAAUGGUGUUUCUUUGGGAUGUAAUUUUGUUCUCCAGAAGGAUGUGACAUUGUUCGGUUGAAGAAUGCAUUACUGUUCUUCUGGAGGAUGUGGCAAAGAUCUUCUGGGGGUGUAACAGUGUUUCUCUUGCGGUGUGACUGUUCUCUCCGAAGAGUAUCACAGUCUUCUUGUCUGGGGUGGAUCAAGGUAUCUUUCAUGAGGGGUAGACAUAGUUGCUAAGGGGAGUGUAGUAUUAUCCACAUGUUGGGAGUUGAUCAGUUCAGGAAAAUACGGCCACAGAGGUUAAUGUAGAACCGGCAUCAUGGCGAAAACAACGAUGUAGAUGAAACUAAGAACUACGUGCGGGGAUGUGACGGUCUGUCUCAUGUUAAGUCUGGCAUUAACUAAAGGCCAAGCCUCAUGCAGUUCCAGAUAAAGGCUAUAAAUGUACACAACUGUGUUGCAGAUGAAGGCUGUUUUGAUUCUCUCCGUGGCUGCCGUGGCGACGGCAGGGUAUUAUAGACCCUAUGGAUAUGGCACUGGUGCGUUGGCUGGGAGACUUGGAGGAGGACUUCUCGGAGGAGGACAUCUUGGAGGAGGUGGUCUAGUCGGAGGACCAGCUCAUGGUGUCGGUGUUGUUCAUGGUGGUGUUGGGUACGCAAAGGUGGACCUGAGUGUGGGUGGCAGCGACUAUCACUUCUCGUGGCGUCACGAUGGUGGCAAGAACUAUGACGGGCACAGUGCCAACUAUUACUGCUCCAGCCUGGGCAAGGGAUGGCAGGGCGUCAGCAUCGAGACUCCUGAAGAGGACAAGAUUAUCUCAGACAUCAUCUACAAAGACAAUGUGAAGUACAUCUGGACGAGCGGUUAUCGUAGCGGUUAUGGCUUCCUCUGGGGCUCCGGUGCUCCCUUCUACGGCAUCAACUGGUCUUACACCGGCAGCGAGGGGCUUCCCCAGCCAGACAACGCUGAGGGCGGGAAGGAGUUCUGUCUGGCAGUGCUCAACAACUUCUACAAUGACGGCAUCAGAUGGCACGAUGUCGCCUGCCACCACGAGAAGCCCAUCAUCUGUGAGCGCCGUGGGGUUUACUAUGGCUGAGCAGCCCAUCACUGACUGCACUCCAAGAUGACCUGGGAUCAUAAUGAUAAAUUCUCUAUAAUCUGGAGAUAUUCAUUCGGUUAAUAAAUGUUGCAGAGAAGGAAA